AUGGCCAUGCGCCUAGCUAAAUGUACUCUUUUUCCCGCGCGUAUUUCAACAGUUGGUUCCCAGUUAGCCAUUGCCGAUAUUCGUGCUCUCGUCUUGACCAGAUCCAUAUCAAACAACUCAGAUGUUGUUAAGACACGUGAUGAUAAUGAAGAAUUUCAGAAAUGGUGCAAUGGGGGAGGAAAGUUUCACAAAUCUGCUCUUAUUGACCCAACUGCUCGAAUAGAGAUUGGUGCUCUUGUUCAUUCAGAUUCUGUUAUUGGUGCAAAUGUGUCAAUCGGGUCCGGAAGCAUUGUUGGACCUGAUGUUGCAAUUGGUCAAUCCACAAAAAUGGGUUACAAUAUUGUGCUCAGUAAUUGCACAAUUGGUGAUUCUUGCAUAGUUCAUCACGGGGUCUGCAUAGGUCAAGAUGGUUUUGGAUUUUUCAUUGAUGAACAAGGGCUCAUGGUUAAGAAGCCUCAGAUAUUAAAAGCAAGAAUCGGCAACCAUGUCGAAAUAGGUGCCAACACAUGUAUUGACAGAGGCAGUUGGCGAGAUACAAUAAUUGGGGAUCAUACCAAGAUUGACAAUUUGGUACAGAUAGGUCACAAUGUGGAGAUAGGAAAGAGUUGCAUGUUAUGUGGACAGGUUGGGAUUGCGGGUUCAGUGAUAAUAGGUGAUUAUGUGACGUUAGGAGGCAGAGUCUCGAUUCGUGAUCAUGUCUGCAUAGCAUCAAAGGUGAGAUUAGCUGCUAACAGCUGUGUCACGAAGAGCAUCAGUGAACCAGGGGAUUAUGGAGGUUUUCCGGCUAUUCCUAUUCACGACUGGCGAAAGCAAGUCGUUAGCGCUCGUCAAAUUUCAAAGGAAUUUUGGCAACAGAAAAGAAGAUGA